AUGUACUUCCCAUCGCAACAUGCUUACUUUGUAGACCAGUUUACCAGUUCGCAAAAGAAAACCAAGGAUUCAAAGGCUUCUCUGGUGUCUAGAGUACAGGAUUCGUUGAAAGAGUAUCCAUAUGCAUAUGCUCAAGGUAACCGCUUCACGCUCACCGUGGCUAGGAUAUUUUUUGGCAAGAACAAAGUUUUGGUAAAGGCGCUUGGAUCGACUCCUUCUGACUCGGCAAUUGAGGACUCGUACCGUCUUGGAAAGGAUCCAAAAGUCUUUCAAAGCUAUUGUAAGCAAGCGGUCCACGUAGACUAUGCUCGUGCCGGCGCCAUUGCCACAGAAAGCGUCACCAUCCCAGUGGGAACGGUUUCCAGAAACGAGGAGUUUCUAUCGCACACCUUUGAAAGCCAGCUGAGAAAUGCCGGAAUGCCCGUUUUGCUAAAAGGCGGUUUCUUGAUCCUCGAUGCGCCCUAUACGAUUUGCCAGCAGGGUGACGUCCUGACCAGCGACCAGGCUAAAUUGUUGAAAGUAUUUUUCUAUCAGCUCUCAGAGUUCAGGAUCAAUCCCAUCGCUGUUCUUCAUGAUGGAGCUGUUUCCGAACUUUCCCCUGACCACUCGAUGGAUGUUUAA